AUGGUGCAAGCCGAAUCCUCCAAGACUGCCGAGCGCAAUGCUCUCAGAGCCGUUACUGCAGGUUCUCCUGCAGACUAUGAGCUCCCCUGGGUUGAAAAGUACCGCCCGAUCUUCCUCGAUGAUAUUGUCGGUAACACAGAGACGGUGGAACGGCUGAAGAUUAUUGCCAAGGAUGGUAAUAUGCCUCACGUUAUUAUCUCUGGCAUGCCGGGUAUUGGAAAGACCACUUCGAUUCUGUGUCUGGCUAGGCAAUUACUCGGGGAUGCCUAUAAGGAGGCUGUUUUGGAGUUGAAUGCUAGUGACGAGCGAGGUAUCGACGUCGUUCGUAACCGAAUCAAGGGUUUCGCCCAGAAAAAGGUCACAUUGCCCCCAGGCAAGCACAAGCUAGUUAUUCUCGACGAAGCCGAUAGCAUGACCCCCGGUGCUCAACAAGCCCUCCGACGUACAAUGGAAAUCUACUCAACGACAACCCGUUUCGCUUUUGCCUGCAAUCAAUCGAACAAAAUCAUCGAACCCCUGCAAUCCCGUUGUGCAAUCCUCCGCUAUGCUCGCUUGACCGACGCCCAGGUCGUCAAGCGAGUGCUGCAGAUCUGCGAGGCGGAAAAGGUCCAACACUCCGAGGAUGGAAUUGCGGCUUUGGUCUUCAGUGCCGAGGGUGAUAUGCGUCAGGCUAUCAAUAACCUGCAGAGUACUUGGUCGGGCUUUGGCUUUGUGAGCGGCGAUAAUGUCUUCCGUGUUGUGGAUAGCCCGCAUCCCGUCAAGGUUCAGGCUAUGAUCAAGGCUUGUUGGGAGGGGAAGGUGGAUGCUGCGUUGGAGAUUUUGAAUGAGCUCUGGACGCUGGGAUAUUCCUCGCACGAUAUCAUUAGCACCAUGUUCCGGGUGACCAAGACCAUUCCCACGCUCUCGGAGCAUUCCAAGUUGGAAUUCAUCAAGGAGAUUGGAUUCACGCACAUGCGUAUCUUGGAUGGAGUGCAGUCGCUGCUGCAACUGAGUGGUUGCAUCUCGAAACUCUGCAAGAUUAACAUGAAGCCGGAGCUAUUCCAGCCACCCAAGGCUUGA